AUGACGCUCCUAAUGGAUCACUACGACAUGGCUCACCGUGGGCGUUUGAUACAGGAUGAACAAAUGGAUCUUGGAUCCCUCAAACUUAGGUCUCACGGUGCCUCCUCAGGCGCCAUGUCUUACGAUGAGCGGUACACACCGUUCAUCUUGAGGACAGGACUCCUUCCGUUCAUCCAUAUGGUGACCCGGUCGACAUCUUGGAUGAACGCUUGUGCAAUCACCGCGCUUGUCGACCGGUGGAGGCCUGAGACCCACACUUUUCACCUCCGGACCGAUGAGAUGACUGUGACUCUUCAGGACGUGUCCAUGAUCCUGGCACUCCCCAUCGGUGGGGAACCAGUAUGUAUCAAUACGGCCUCUUCGGGAUGGCGCCAGCAGAUGGCGGAUCUUAUUGGUAGGGCACCGGAGGCCCCUGAGGACCCUGCUAACGACAGAGUGCCAGCGGGCGCAACGUACACUUGGAUAGUUGAGAACUUCUCCGAGUGCCCCGAGGAUGCUGCCAUCGAGGUGGUUGAGCAGUACGCACGAGUAUACGUGUGGUAUGUCAUCACACGCACUCUGUUGGCUGACGGGGGUGGCAGGACAGCUCAAUGGCAUUGGCUCAAGGCCUUGACCGUAUGGGACUCAAAUUGGAGCUGGGGCACAGCUGCACUUGCCUACUUUUACCGGCAGGUAAUUAAUAUUUCAUUGUUGUUACUAUGUGCAAUGACUUGUGAUGACAUGUCUUAA